AGACUGUGGAGCUGAAGUGGCAAAACGAUCAGAACUUCUUAAACAUUAUAAACUAAAGCAUGGUCAUUUUGGACGUAGCCAUCACAUUAAGUGUCUGUAUCCUGAGUGUCCAUGUGUUUUAAACAUUUGGAAUUCAUUACUGACACACUUGUCUAGGAAUCACAGCGAUACCUCGGCACCCCCGACAAGGUUGCAACAUUUUCUUGUCAUUUAUGUAGUUAUAAGGAGCUUGGAACAGAAUGUGAUCAUUUUGUGCACAUAAGUCAUCAUUUGAAGAACAAUGAGACAGUCACUUGCAUGUUUAAAGGCUGUGACUAUAAAUCCAAUAUAUACAGUACCUUCAAAUCACACAAAAGUCGGAAGCACAGUUCACACUCACUGGUAGACUUUAAAGAGGAUGUUGUCCAAGUAAGUUUUGUAACUGAGACCGAAGAGCCGGAUGUUUCAAACUUUGAAGAAUCGUAUGGUGAUGAUCAGCCUGAUGUUUUAGACAGAUCAAAUGGUCAAGAACACCUAGUUCAGCUAAAGCUUGCAGCAGUGUUAUUAAAGCUAGAAAAUAUUUUUCAUGUGCCCAGUACUGCAAUUGAUGAACUGUUGGAGGAACUUCAGUUUUUGUUGAGCACAACAUCUUUGUGUAGUACAGCAAAAAUCAUCCAAGAAACACUGAGUAGUCACAGCUUGCAAAUUGAGCAGUCAGUUAUUAAAGAACUUGCAUCUUUACUGUGCACAUCUAAUCCUGUGUACAAGUCAAUAGGUAAAGGUUGUCCACUAGCAACAUCUUUUAGGCACAAAACAUUCUACAAAGACAACUUUAAAGUAGUAGAGCCUAUAGAAUAUAUUUUAGAUAAAAAAGACAAAAGAACAUUUCAAUAUAUCCCAGUGUUAAAGGUUCUACAACAGCUUUUUAUUCUAAACAAAGUCUUGGAUUACAGUCUUAUAUCUGAGCAAAGGGAGGAUGAAGUGAUAUACAGUUCUUUCAGACAUGGUUUGUUUUUCAAGAAAAACUGUUUUUUAACUGCGGGUGAGUUACGGGUGUUUUUAAAUUUGUAUAUUGAUGAUUUCGAGAUUUGCAAUCCACUGGGCACUUCUCGUAAAAAGCACAAAAUCUGUGCUGUUUAUUGGAAUCUCAGCAAUUUACCACCUGGUUGCCAUUCUUCACUGUCCUCCAUAUAUUUUACUUUACUCUGCAAAUCUGAAGAUGUAAGGAGUUAUGGAUAUGAAAAGAUUCUACAACCUUUGUUGAGGGAUGCUGUGACUUUGGAAAAUGAAGGUAUUUUUAUCGCACAACUUGGAGAGCCUGCCUCUCACCUACCAUCAGUGAGGAUCGUCAAAGUCUGGCCAGCAGGGACAGACUCUGCACUCCAGGACAGGUUUCAACACACGGACUGGAGUAUGUUUGCUCUCCAGGUCACCGGCGACUCACACGCGGACAUUGACACUUAUACUUCCUCUAUUCUGGACUAUAUCACCACCACAAUUGACAGUAUCUCGACAAAGAAGCAGAUCACCACGUACCCUAAUCAGAAGCCAUGGAUGAACAAGGAGGUGUGGCUCCUGCUGAAGGCCCGUAACACUGCCUUCAGAUCAGGGGAUGCACAGGCCUACAGCACAUCCAGGGCAAACCUGAGAAGGGGCAUCAAAAAGGCCAAGUACUCCACUGAUGUCUACACAGCGCUGAGCCGGAUCAGUCCACGCAAGGCUGCUGGUCCUGAUGGCAUCCAUGGACGUGUGCUCAGAGCAUGUGUGGAGCAGCUUGCUGGGAUCUUCACAGACAUUUUCAACCUGUCCCUUGCCCAAGCUGUUGUGCCAACAUGCUUCAAAACUACAUCCAUUGUGCUGGUGCUGAAACAUUUCAACCCAGUUUGCCUCAAUGACUACCGCCCAGUAACACUCACAUCCAUCAUUAUGAAGGGCUUUGAGCGGCUGGUCCUGGCACACCUGAAGAACUCCCUCCCACCCACACUGGAUCCACACCAGUUUGCCUAA